AUGUCACACAUGGGAAUUGGAGGAUGUAUCCGGAGAGCCAAAGAUUGUGCGUUCUGGCCGGGCAUGAACUCCGCCAUCAAGAAUUACGUCAGCAAAUGUGACAUCUGUAGACGGGAUGACCAGGCACAACCAAAGGAAACUCUGAAGUCACAUGACAUAACAGAUGGGCUAUGGAAAACAGUUGGGGCUGAUCUGUUUGCUUUUCAGGGCAGAGACUACCUCAUAUUGAACGACUAUCAUAGUGGGUUCAUCAAAGUAGAACCAAUGACCGAGACAACAUCAAAGGCAGCAAUUUGCAAGUUUGUGAGCAAGGAGGCGUGUCAAAUCAGUAACGAAUGGGAAUUUGAACAUAGGACCUCAAGUACCUAUUACCCACAAAGUAAUAGUAAAGCGGAGAGUGCUGUGAAAGUGGUGAAGCACCUAAUGACUAAAGUCUUGGCAGACGGUCGAGAUCAUUGGCUCUCUCUGUUGGAAUUGCGUAAUACGCCCACAGUAGGAAUGAGCUCUAGCCCUGCUCAGAGAUUGCUCAGCAGAAGAACAAAAGCAUUGUUACCUAUAAAAGAUGAGAUGCUAAGACCUGAACUUGUGACAGAAGCGUCAGAGCAAUCGCAAAAGAAACAAGAAAGACUGGCCAAAUAUUACGACAGAGGAGCAAUAGAUUUGCCGGAACUAUAUCCCGGAGACGUCGUAUGCAUGCAGCCUAUAGCAAGAAGACAACAGAGUGGAAAAAGGCAACAGUUCUACAUCAGGUUGGACCAAGGUCAUAUAGUGUGCGAACAAAAGAAGAAGGAAUGUUCCGUCAAAAUAGGAGACAACUAA